AUGCUAGCCCACGAUUUUCUGAAAAAAGACGACCGUACUUUCAAACCGACUUCCUCAUCACGGUCGGCAUGGUAUUUUUGCGUCCUCGUGCUGACGAAAAUUCUCCGAUGUAUCGGCAUAUUCUUUCUUGAUAUUUUGGUUAAAGGUGUUCAUGUAGUUAGCCUUUUAUGGCUCGUGAAAAUAUGUGCAUCAGCACUUCUUCUACCUAUCCAGAAACCUCUUUCACAUGGACAUACCUUAAGGAGACCAACGUUUGUACGUAUCGCAAAAUUGGCAAUUGUCAAUUGUUUAAUAGAAGUACUCUGGUUCUAUGGCAUUACUUUUUGUGGGCCAUUGAGGUCCGUAUUAGUUUUUGAGCUGAGCCCUUCCGUUUUGUUGGUAGCCAUGGCCUCCAUUUUUAAGGGGAACUCGUCGACAGCGAAAAGUCGCGGUCUAUUUUUUCUAGUCAUAGGAUAUUUAUCGCUUUUGUUAUUGGAUCGAGAUCACUCAAUAGAAGAUCCUCACGAUGUAACUCAUGGUCAUCAUAGUGGACUGAAUCAUUUAUUUUACCAUCUUAUUGCUACGUUUGGUGUGAGCGAUCAUCAAGGAGGCGUAGCUAUUUUGUUCCUAGCUUUGGUUCUUCGCAUUGGGUAUGAUAAUUCAUUCCGUCACCUUGCGGUUGAGAUAGGUGGGCCAAAGCGAUUGUACUCUCUCUCUGUUAUUGCUUCGUUGACGCAUUUUAUUAUUCUACUUUUCAUUGCAACAGUUUUUGUUAUGGUCCUCGAUUUUUACGCGGAAAGCGUAUGUUUCCAGCACGUAGCUGAUCCCGUAAUGGCAGCGGCUCGAUGGUCUCCUGUGACGAUGUUCAGUUGUGCUCUUGGUUUGGCUUGGGUGUGGUAUGCCGGUCAGGGAUUGGAAGACCAUCAUGUGACCUCCGGCGUUACUAUUACCGUAGUAGCGUUCGUUUUAGCUUCGGUGUCGUUAACAUCCGCUAGUGGUCCAAAGCAUAGAGGC